AAGGUAAGAGCAUAGGUGUGGUUCGCAGCAGUGUGUGUGUGUGUGUGUGUGUGUGUGUGUUUGUGCUCAGGGUUAUAACAUGCUGUAACAGGACUGCCUCUCCCACUAUGAGUUUUUUUACUUCUCCGGGCUACAGUUUACAGAGCCAAACGCUGCUCUUAGUCCUAAUGUUGUAGGAAUAAGACCCGUGUUGUUCAUUUGACGCUUUUUUUUUGCUACAAAAACUCCUAAAAAUGCUGGACACAUCACGCAUUCUGCAGAAAGGUCCUGAGUACCUGAGGAAGCAGAUGGAGCGGGAGCGAGAGGCCACAGGCCGCAGCGCCGCCGAGCGGUUAGCUGCGACCAAACCUGAGUACAUUCGGAACCAGCGGCUGUUAACCUCAGAGACUGUUACCAACCAAGGAUCCCCUGACGGGAGCCAACAGGCUCCCAACAGCCCGCCUAAUGUUACCGGAGAAGACUCACCACAAGAGGUGAAUGUUGUGAAGAGAAACAGCAGCAAGAAACGGCCUGACUCGCUUUUACUGUACCGACACAAGGGGGAGCUCCAGAGAGGCUCGCAGGGUGGCAACGGUAAGAAACUGACCAAACGGCCGUUGCUUGCCUCACUUGAAGACAAAAUGAGUCGGCAAGAGUUUGAAGAGUCUGACUCUGAGGCUGAUAAUGGCCAAAUGCUAACCAAGGAGGCUAAUGGCAGCGAGCAUGAUCACCAGAACGUUGCAAGGAAACUAACAGCAGCAGCUACAAGCAACAAGGAGGACGUUGCUAGGAAACCAACAACAGAGGUUACAACCAACAGAGAGGACGUUGCUAGGAAACCAACAACAGCGGUCACAAACAACAGAGAGGACAUUGCUAGGAAACCCACUGCAACAGUUACAAGCAACAGAGAGGACGUUGCUAGGAAACCAACAGCAACCGUUACAAGCAACAGAGAGACCGUUGCUAGGAAACCAACAACAGUUGCUGUUUGGAAACCAAGAACAGUGAAUACAAGCGAUCGAGAGGAUAGCAAACCAGCUACAGUGGUGAGAAGCGAACGCUCCAGCCGCAGAAACAGGGUGUCGCGCUCGCACUCCGACAUCAGCUCACGCUACUCUAGAAACUUUGCCGACUUUGACGCUUUUUUCACAUACUGCGGGCUCGACGAUGACAUCAUCGAGUUGAUGGGGCGGGACAAUUUCUGCUCAGGCUCAGAGGGAAUGGAGGAGGAGUUUAUCAGCUCCGGAAAGGUCAGGAGUGUGAGUGUGGUCUCCUCGGACGACGGCUUUUCGCAGUCCAGCAGUAACCGUAGUGAUGGGCUUCAAGAGGACGAGCUACCGGACAAGAAAACUGGACAAGGCCCAUCGGUCAUAGAGCGCAAUGCUCGGGUUAUUAAGUGGCUGUACAGCUGCAGAAAUGCUACUCAGUCAGGGAAAACGCUGCGAGAUCUGCAUUAAUUACUCUUGCUAAAAAUAUGCAUUAUAGCUUUUUAUGUUUGGUCUAUGCUAGAAUGUCCAUGUUUACUUGCCUGUGUCUCAAAUCAACCUCUAGUUCCUAGCUAGUGAGUUAGUAUAUACCUGUUUAUAAGGUAUUCUGAAUAACUUAUAAGUUACUUUAGAUUUACUGGAGCAUUUUUUAAUUCUUGCAGAAAAUCUGUCAUGUCACAUGUUAAAAAAACGCUUAAC